UAAGGAAGGUUAUUGAAAGCUUUCCAACACCGUGGUGUUACAUUUCUUGAAGAAAUACUCGUAUUUCUUGGCCCCUUUCAUGAGACGCCGUCAGAGUUGCUGAGUUUCAAAGAUACAAAAGAAUCAUAUUUGGAAGGGUCAUAUGGCCAUGAGUUUAUGAAUUGUUGCAAAUGCCACAUGGAAGCAGACCGCGAUUUUGAACAAGAAGAAGGUUCCCCAAACCUAAGCUUUGUCGAAGGAAGCUUUGCUCCGGGCCUUCUCGUUCCCAGAUAUGAGAGAUUCGAUGAAUAUCUGUAUUUGAAUCAUGAUUCUACUCAUAUUUUACACCAGAAGUAGCCUGGGGGAAUUGCAUUCAUGCAAUUGGAUGGGCGAAACGAAUCGCGCACAAAAAUAUUCCUAAGGAUUCAACCAAACAAGGUUGUUUGGUAAUAGCGGUAUGAAAUUGGAGCUGGAGGGAAAUCUGGUCGCGAAUAGGGUGCAACUUUCAGUUUCAACCCAAGGGCUUUGGUUUGCUUCUAAUUUUGCACGAACUGAUGGGAUACUGCGAAGAUUGACUCAGCGAUACUUCUUGAACUGCUAAUUCAAGUGUUUUGAGAUUAAACGUAAUGAUUCAUUACGAAUUUAACAAUGAAAC